AUGGCAACCCUAAGCUUCAUUUCUGGAGUAAUAGGGAACAUCAUUUCUGUACUGUACAUGCUUUCUCCUGUGCCGACGUUCUCGCGAAUAGUAAAACAUCGAUCGACCGAGGAGUUUGAGAGCCUCCCUUAUGUUAGCUCAUUAGCAACUUCAUCCUUGUGGGUUUUCUAUGGACUCAUGAAGUCUGGAGGCCUCCUGAUAGCCACUGUCAAUGGUUUUGGCAUAAUCAUCGAGCUCGUUUAUGUAAUCUUAUUCCUCAUAUUUGCACCUACAAGAAUGAGGGCCAAGACUGCCAUACUUGUUGUGACUUUGAAUGUGGGAUUUCCAGCAGGUGUGGUUCUGAUUACUCUUAUCGUCAUGGAUGGAGAUUUACGGCUCGAUGUAUUAGGGAUUGUUUGUGCAGUCCUAAAUAUAUUAAUGUAUGGUUCACCCUUUACAGCCAUGGUACCAAAUGGGAUUGGAUUCAUUCUUGGAGCCGCUCAGAUUGUGCUCUAUGCCAUGUAUUGGAAAUCUAAGACAUCUCAAAAUCUUUCAGAUGUCUUGGAAGAUGAAUGGCAGCACAAGCUUCUGAUCCAUGAAAACAGUGAAGAGUAG